CUGAAUAUUGUUGUUCUGAUAUGCAGAUAGAUCAUUGUCGAAGAGGAGAAUCCAGAAAGACAAGAAGUAGAAAUGGCUGGCGAUAUGAAGGUUCUGAAUGCGCUUGAUACGGCCAAAACACAAUGGUAUCACUUCACAGCAAUCAUAAUUGCUGGCAUGGGAUUUUUCACUGAUGCCUAUGAUCUGUUUUGCAUCUCUCUAGUCACUAAGUUGCUCGGCCGCAUUUACUACCAUGUCGAUGGCUCUCCAAAGCCUGGGAGUCUACCUCCUAACGUCUCAGCUGCUGUCAAUGGCGUCGCUUUCUGUGGUACCCUUGCGGGGCAACUCUUCUUUGGCUGGCUCGGUGACAAAAUGGGCAGGAAAAAAGUCUAUGGCAUGACCCUUAUGCUCAUGUGCUUAUGCUCAGUUGCUUCAGGUCUUUCUUUUGGUAGGGAGCCUAAGACUGUCUUGGCCACCCUUUGCUUCUUUCGCUUCUGGCUUGGUUUUGGAAUUGGUGGUGAUUACCCGCUUUCUGCUACUAUUAUGUCUGAAUAUGCCAACAAGAAGACUCGGGGCGCCUUUAUUGCUGCUGUUUUCGCUAUGCAAGGAUUUGGGAUUUUAGCAGGAGGUAUCUUUGCCAUCAUUAUUUCUGCUGCAUUCCAGGCAAGUUUCAAGGCGCCGGCUUAUGAGGUCGAUGCGCUUGGCUCAACAGUUCCUCAAGCUGACUAUGUGUGGAGGAUCAUAUUAAUGGUUGGAGCAGUUCCUGCUCUUCUCACUUACUACUGGAGGAUGAAGAUGCCUGAAACCGCUCGUUACACUGCUCUUGUUGCCAAGAAUGUUCAGCAGGCAACUGCAGAUAUGGAAAAGGUUAUGCACGUUGACAUUGGGGCGGAGCAAAAGGAGCCUGCAGUUUCUGCUACCACUGCUGUAAAGUCAAGCAAUGAAUUUGGUUUGUUCACAAAACAAUUCGUUAGUAGACAUGGACUUCACUUGCUUGGCACAACCAGCACAUGGUUUCUGCUUGACAUUGCAUACUACAGCCAAAAUCUGUUCCAGAAAGAUAUCUUCAGUGCCAUUGGAUGGAUUCCUGCUGCCAAGACAAUGAAUGCAGUUGAAGAGGUUUACAAAAUUGCAAGGGCGCAAACUCUAAUCGCUCUCUGCAGUACCGUGCCUGGCUACUGGUUCACAGUGUUCCUCAUUGACAGGAUUGGAAGGUUUACCAUUCAAUUGCUUGGUUUUGCAAUGAUGACGGUGUUCAUGUUUGCUCUGGCCAUUCCUUACAACCACUGGACUCACCCUGGCAACCAUAUCGGAUUCGUGGUUCUCUAUUCACUGACCUUCUUCUUUGCCAACUUUGGACCUAAUGCCACCACAUUCGUCGUGCCAGCUGAGAUUUUCCCUGCUAGAUUGCGCUCGACUUGCCAUGGAAUAUCAGCUGCAUCUGGGAAGUUAGGAGCAAUGGUGGGUGCUUUCGGGUUCCUGUAUUUGGCUCAGCCACAAGACAAGACUAAGGCUGAUGCAGGAUAUCCUGCUGGAAUUGGGGUGAGAAAUUCCCUUAUCGUCCUUGGCGUAGUCAACCUUCUGGGAACAUUUUUAACUUUCUUGGUUCCAGAAUCAAAGGGGAAGUCACUAGAAGAGAUGUCAAGAGAAAAUGAGGACUCAACUGAGGCAGGAGCAGAGGUGGAGACUCAUCCAUCUAAUAACAGGACUGUUCCUGUGUAAAAGUAGUUACUCUUUUCAUUGCUUUUUUCUUUUUUUCCUUUUUAUGUUCUGCAAAGGUCCUGCAAGGAUGGAUAAGGUCUAUGUUCUUUCGACUAGUACUAUAGUUUCUUAAGUUCAAGCUAUUACCUCCAAGUGUAGAGAUAGUUUCAUGUAUCUGUGUAAUUGUCAGCAAUUAUGGAGUUCUAUCGUACAAUGUAUUAAUGGCAUAUCGUCCUGGUAAUAUAUUUUUAUGCAGUCAUAAAGAGUUCCAAAUA